AGGAGGCGGAGGCGGAGGCGGAGGGAGGAGGCUACUGCAGGCCCCGCAUACACCGGAGGAUACGGAGGGAAAACCGGAACCCUGGAUUAACCCCUUAGGUUAGGAGCGCGGGGAGAACAAGGCGGUCUCCGCUAACUCCCCGGGCGGCGCUAUGAAGGUGACGGUGAGCUUCGGUAGGACCCGGGUAGUGGUGCCGUGUGGGGACGGGAACUUGAAAGUUUCAAGCCUCAUCCAGCAAGCGGUGACCAGGUACAAGAAGGCCAUAGCCAAGGACCAUAAUUACUGGAUACAAGUUCACCGACUAGAGCAUGGGGAUGGUGGCAUUUUGGACCUUGAUGACAUUCUUUGUGACGUGGCUGAUGACAAGGACAGACUUGUCGCUAUAUAUGAAGAACAAGAUCCACAUCAUGGGGGAGAUGGCACAAGCGCAAGUUCUACUGGCACUCAAAGCCCAGAAAUCUUUGGCAGUGAACUUGGAACGAACAGUAUGUCAGCUUUUCAGCCUUACCAAGCAACAAGUGAAAUUGAGGUCACCCCUUCAGUUCUGCGAGCAAAUAUGCCGCUCCACGUGCGACGUAGCAGUGACCCAUCUCUCGCCGGGAUAACCACUUCUGUUAGCGACUCCAACUUCUCUUCUGAAGAGCCGUCCCGUAGAAAUCCAACUAGAUGGUCUACGACUGCAGGGUUCACAAAGAAAAACCCUCAUACGGGCCAUAGUCCCAAUGACAGAAAGAAGGAUGAGAACUACAGGAGUCUGCCCAGGGAUACCAGUAAUUGGUCUAAACAGUUUGAAAGAGAUAAAGCUCGCUCUUCCUUGAGUGCCAGUCACCCUCUGGUGGACAAGUGGCUAGAGAGGCAGGAGCAGGAUGAGGAUGAUGGAGAGGAGAACAGUCGGGUGGAACCUGUUGGUCAUGCAGACACCGGUUUGGAACGAACCUCCAGCUUCUCCCUUGAUGACAUGGUGAAGCUGGUGGAAGUCUCCAAUGAUGGCGGACCUCUAGGGAUCCAUGUAGUGCCUUACAGCGCCCGAGGCGGAAGAACCCUUGGAUUAUUAGUAAAGAGACUGGAGAAAGGAGGUAAAGCUGAACGGGAGAAUCUGUUCCACGAAAAUGAUUGUAUCGUCAGAAUUAACAAUGGUGACCUCCGCAACCGAAGAUUUGAACAAGCUCAGCAUAUGUUCCGUCAAGCCAUGCGCUCUCCCAUGAUCUGGUUUCAUGUGGUGCCAGCAGUUAACAAAGAACCAUACGAACAACUAUCCCAAAGCGAGAACAGCAGCUACUACUCCACCCAACAUGUGCCCGAUCCAUACAUUGAGAAUAGGAAUUUCCACAGCCCUGGUCCCGAGCAGACACUACAGAGAAUACCCCGUCAAGCAAACCAGCCUGAGCCUUUGGACUCUUACCCACAUCUACCUCAUAGUAUCAGUACAGCAGGAAAACCACCAACCGGCCUAACGCCAUCACCGCAGCGAGGUGUCAGCUCUCCAACCAGCGCUUAUGGUACCAAAAAAGGAAAAAAGCAAUACAUACAGCUGAAAAAAGGGGCUGAAGGCUUGGGGUUCAGCAUUACAUCAAGAGAUGUUCCUCUUGGGGGUUCAGCUCCAAUCUAUGUCAAGAACAUCCUGCCGAGAGGAGCAGCAAUCCAAGAUGGCAGAUUGAAAGCUGCAGAUAGACUGUUAGAGGUGAAUGGUGUAGACUUGACCGGAAAGACCCAAGAAGAAGUUGUAUCAUUACUGAGGAGCACGAAAAUGGGAGGCUGUGUGAAUCUCCUAGUCCUCCGACAAGAUGAAAGUUUCCAACCACGUGAGCUGACUCCUGAAUCAAAUCCUGUCCCGACGAAUACAAGAGAACCGAAACCAGAAGAAGACGAUCUUGUUCUCACGCCUGAUGGGACAAGAGAAUUCCUAACAUUUGAAAUUCCACUGAAUGAUUCCGGAUCCGCAGGUCUCGGUGUUAGCGUGAAGGGCAACCGAUCAAAAGAGAACCAUGCCGACCUAGGCAUUUUUGUAAAGGCGAUCAUCAAUGGUGGAGCAGCGUCCAAAGAUGGAAGGCUUCGCGUAAAUGACCAGCUUGUCGCUGUCAAUGGUGAAUCCCUACUGGGCAAAACAAAUCAAGAUGCCAUGGAGACUCUGCGGAAAUCUAUGUCGACAGAAGGGAAUAAACGAGGAAUGAUUCAGCUCAUCGUAGCCAGGAGAUUAAAGAGGAACGAGUUGGAGUCACCUGGAAGCCCCUCGGGGCCUGAAUUGCCCAUUGAGACAAUGCUGGACGACAGGGAACGCAGAAUUUCCCACUCUCUGUACAGCAGCAUUGAAGGAUUUGACGAAUCGCCCACAAGGAAUGCCGCAUUAAGUAGGAUAAUGGGUAAAUACCAGCUAUCCCCAACAGUGAACAUGCCUCACGAUGACACUGUGAUCAUUGAAGAUGACAGGGCCCUACCACCGCCGCCUCAGCUCUCCGACCAAUCGUCGUCCAGCUCUCACGAUGAUGUAGGGUGCAUUACGGACUCUGCUGGGACAUGGUCCAAAACCGUAACUAGUGAAUCCACGGAAAGCAGCACUCUGAGCCCAGAUGUAGAUCCGUCCCUUGCCUUCCAGAGAGAAGGGUUUGGACGCCAGAGCAUGUCGGAAAAGCGCACCAAGCAAUUUGGAGACGCCAGUCAAAUGGACUUUGUUAAAACCCGGAAAUCAAAAAGCAUGGAUUUAGGUAAAAAAUUAGCUGACGAGACUAAGAUCAGUGCAAUGGCUGACCACACCGCAGGUUCCCCCAGCAGAGAUGUGGGGCCUUCAUUAGGCCUGAAGAAAUCCAGCUCAUUAGAAAGCCUGCAGACAGCUGUGGCUGAGGUGACUUUGAAUGGUGACAUUCCUUUCCAUCGCCCACGCCCACGGAUCAUUCGAGGACGAGGCUGCAAUGAGAGCUUCCGAGCUGCUAUUGACAAGUCCUACGACAAGCCACCCGUCGAUGAUGAUGAUGAAGGAAUGGAGACAUUGGAGGAGGACACAGAAGAGAGCUCCAGAUCAGGACGGGAGUCUGUGUCUACUGCCAGUGACCAGCCUUCCCAUUCUCUCGAGAGGCAAAUCAAUGGUUCAGACAAGUCUGAUCGCAAAAAGGACAAGAGUUCGAAGGAAAAGAAAAAAGACAGAGAUAAAGAUAAAGGCAAAGCGAAGAAAGGCGGGAUGCUGAAGGGCCUUGGAGACAUGUUCAGGUUUGGCAAACAUCGAAAAGAUGACAAGAUUGAACACAGGGGAUCAUGGAAAACGAAAAUGCAAGAAGCCCACCCUUCAGAAGAUGACAGGAUGCGAAUGAGGCAAGAACAGGAGAGGAUUCAGGCAAAGACUCGUGAGCUUCGCGAAAGACAAGCCAGAGAAAAGGACUAUGCCGAGAUCCAAGAAUACUCAAAGAAUUACGGAGGGCUGGAAGAUCCCUCUUACGCCAGCACUGGUCACUAUGACACGGUGGCCAGCAGUGGUACCCUAAAUAUGAACAGCAGACCCCAAAGUCCAAGAGAUAGCAAGCAAAUGGAAGCAUUGUAUGCUCAAGUAAAGAAACCGAGGAACGCGAAGCCUCCACCUGUAGACAGCUUUGAUGUAGACUGGGACAGAGUAAGGUCUACAUCAAAGCUGAAAACAGGAAAUGUCGGCCAUGUUACCAAUUUUGAUAAUCUAAUUUACAUCACAGACAAAAACAUGAUUAAUUACACCAGCCGGCUCCUGCAUAAACCAGAAGAAGACGAUCUUGUUCUCACGCCUGAUGGGACGAGAGAAUUCCUAACAUUUGAAAUUCCACUGAAUGAUUCAGGAUCCGCAGGUCUCGGUGUUAGCGUGAAGGGCAACCGAUCAAAAGAGAACCAUGCCGACCUGGGCAUUUUUGUAAAGGCGAUCAUCAAUGGUGGAGCAGCGUCCAAAGAUGGAAGGCUUCGCGUAAAUGACCAGCUUGUCGCUGUCAAUGGUGAAUCCCUACUGGGCAAAACAAAUCAAGAUGCCAUGGAGACUCUGCGGAAAUCUAUGUCGACAGAAGGGAAUAAACGAGGAAUGAUUCAGCUCAUCGUAGCCAGGAGAAUAAAGAGGAACGAGUUGGAGUCACCUGGAAGCCCCUCGGGGCCUGAAUUGCCCAUUGAGACAAUGCUGGACGACAGGGAACGCAGAAUUUCCCACUCUCUGUACAGCAGCAUUGAAGGAUUUGACGAAUCGCCCACAAGGAAUGCCGCAUUAAGUAGGAUAAUGGGUAAAUACCAGCUAUCCCCAACAGUGAACAUGCCUCACGAUGACACUGUGAUCAUUGAAGAUGACAGGGCCCUACCGCUGCCGCCUCAGCUCUCCGACCAAUCGUCGUCCAGCUCUCACGAUGAUGUAGGGUGCAUUACGGACUCUGCUGGCACCUGGUCCAAAACCGUAACUAGUGAAUCUACGGAAAGCACUCUGAGCCCAGAUGUAGAUCCGUCCCUUGCCUUCCAGAGAGAAGGGUUUGGACGCCAGAGCAUGUCGGAAAAGCGCACCAAGCAAUUUGGAGACGCCAGUCAAAUGGACUUUGUUAAAACCCGGAAAUCAAAAAGCAUGGAUUUAGGUAAAAAAUUAGCUGACGAGACUAAGAUCAGUGCAAUGGCUGACCACACCGCAGGUUCCCCCAGCAGAGAUGUGGGGCCUUCAUUAGGCCUGAAGAAAUCCAGCUCAUUAGAAAGCCUGCAGACAGCUGUGGCUGAGGUGACUUUGAAUGGUGACAUUCCUUUCCAUCGCCCACGCCCACGGAUCAUUCGAGGACGAGGCUGCAAUGAGAGCUUCCGAGCUGCUAUUGACAAGUCCUACGACAAGCCACCCGUCGAUGAUGAUGAUGAAGGAAUGGAGACAUUGGAGGAGGACACAGAAGAGAGCUCCAGAUCAGGACGGGAGUCUGUGUCUACUGCCAGUGACCAGCCUUCCCAUUCUCUCGAGAGGCAAAUCAAUGGUUCAGACAAGUCUGAUCGCAAAAAGGACAAGAGUUCGAAGGAAAAGAAAAAAGACAGAGAUAAAGAUAAAGGCAAAGCGAAGAAAGGCGGGAUGCUGAAGGGCCUUGGAGACAUGUUCAGGUUUGGCAAACAUCGAAAAGAUGACAAGAUUGAACACAGGGGAUCAUGGAAAACGAAAAUGCAAGAAGCCCACCCUUCAGAAGAUGACAGGAUGCGAAUGAGGCAAGAACAGGAGAGGAUUCAGGCAAAGACUCGUGAGCUUCGCGAAAGACAAGCCAGAGAAAAGGACUAUGCCGAGAUCCAAGAAUACUCAAAGAAUUACGGAGGGCUGGAAGAUCCCUCUUACGCCAGCACUGGUCACUAUGACACGGUGGCCAGCAGUAGUACCCUAAAUAUGAACAGCAGACCCCAAAGUCCAAGAGAUAGCAAGCAAAUGGAAGCAUUGUAUGCUCAAGUAAAGAAACCGAGGAACGCGAAGCCUCCACCUGUAGACAGCAAUCGAUCAACUCCAAGCAAUCAUGAUCGGAUACAGCGCCUUCGUCAGGAAUUCCAACAAGCCCGGCAUGAAGAUGAUGUGGAUGAACGCAGGCGUACAUAUAGUUUUGAACAACCUUGGCCAAACAACACAACGUAUAAUCAGAGCGGACGGCAUUCGGUGUCUGUGGAAGUACAGAUGCAAAGGCAGAGGCAGGAAGAGCGGGAGAGCUUUCAGCAAGCCCAACGCCAGUACAGUUCAUUACCCAGGCAAAGUAGAAAGAAUCCAAGUUCUGUGUCUCAAGAUUCGUGGGAGCAAGCUUAUGCUCCUGGAGAAGGUUUUCAGACUGCCAAGGAGAAUCCCAGGUAUUCCAGUUAUCAGGGAUCUCGGAACGGUUACAUGGGUGGACAUGGUUUCAAUGCCAGAGUUAUGAUGGAAGCUCAAGAACUUCUCAGACAGGAGCAGAGACGAAAGGAACAACAACUCAAAAAAAAAGUGCCCUCGGAUGCACCAAAUAAUUAUGACUCUUAUAAAAAGGUCUCUGAUCCUAAUUAUGCCCAGGCUAAAGGUCCUAUGCGCCAGGAUGUACCACCGUCUCCAUCUCAGGUAGCGCGACUCAACAGAUUACCACAAGAACAGGGCAGACCAUUUUACUCCUGAGGGACAAGGAACACUAAAUAAAACGGCAAUAACAGAUUUUUCAUGAAAGACUCUGUAUUAUUUUUUAAUUGGACGGUACUAUGGUGCAUAUCAUGUUUAUUUCAGUGCCUUUUGCAUUUUGGGCAACGUAACAGUGGACCUCUUCACUGACUUUGUUCUCUUGGACUGAAGUGAUAGGUACACAGAAGGAUGUUUCACGAUAAGACAAUCACAGGCGACAUUACGUCUGCCACCUAGAAUCAUAUCGUUCAGCUCAGUUUCAUGAAAUGUCAAGAGUCUGCCAUGCUGCGCUAAGUUUUAUUUUGCUAUGCAUUUUUUUUACUGACAUAAUAUAUUGUGGGAAAGGAAUGAGUUGGUUUGUACUCAAUGGUUUCUUUUACUUUUUUAUACUUAUGUUGGAUGGUUUACUAAAGUAUUAUUUCUGUGUUAUCAGACAACCCGUAAUUGCUCAUGUAAUCAUUGACACUACUUAUGUUGCGAUACUUUUUGUUUUUAAUAAUGGAUAAACCUAAUACUGUUAUAUUUUGAUGUAUUUAAUGUAUGUGAUAGUUUCACUGUCUUUAAUGCCUUUCAUCUCAGAGACAUGUGUGAAAAAAUGAUUGUUCGUUUCCACUAGAGGUGCAAUCCAUAUUUGAGACUAUUGCUCUAGAUCUAUUUAGGUGGGCACCAUGAAUUUCUCCACUUAUUGUAGCCUGGUAGUUCAUCUAGAUUCCACGACAUCUGCGAUGUCAAAGUGAAUACAAGUUUGGGACAUUCUCCCAACUCAAGAUCUUAACUGGAGCUUCUUAUUGUGGCUAUAGUAGAUAUUCUCCUGGCCUGCUUACUCUAAAGCACAAUAUCUGGGGGGUCUGUUCAGUUGCACCUGUCCUUGGGAUGAAUAUUUUUUCCUGCUGUGUCCUGUAAUAUGUUGCUUGAGGAGUAUUCAUAAAAAUGAUGAAGUGGAUUAUUGCAUCACUUCAUGUAAGCCACCAAGUCAUCAUAAUUGGGAGCAAGCAAGCCAGGAAUAUAUUCAACUUCCCUGCAUGAGGAACCCUAGGUAUGAUUUUGUGUUUUAAGGGGAUCACACCAAACCUGUACAAGACCGUUUUCUGUUUUACCUAUUAAUUAAGCUACUUGUUUUAAUUAAAUUGAGUGGCUGCAUUCUGACUGAAUCUACAAAAUGGCCGCCCUUGCAGUAUGCAAGCCCUUUGCUGUCCAAACAGAUUGAGAGAAAGGUUUGAAUAAGAACAAAGGGAAAAAAAAGAUAAAAAAUAUUAAUAGUGUAACAUUGCACCAAGGGUAUGCAGACAAUUCUGUCUUGUGCUUCCAUAUGCCCUGUGUAAUGUGUUGACAGUGUGUGAAUGAACGGAGAAUGGAGAAAACUGUUACAUGGUGAUCUGAAUCUUGACAGAAACACACAAUGAAGCUUAAAGCCUUGGCUAAUAUUAAUGACAUAGAUAUCAGAUUUUAUAGUAACGCUGAAGUGUUAAGCAAUGAGCAUUCCCUUGUUAUAGGGAGUUACUGCUCAUAUACUCGAUAAGCUGCCAUGUACUAUCAUCUUUGUACUGCCCCAAGCUCUUCUAAAGAUGCUGGUGACACAGUUCUAGAAGUUGUGCAGAACAGUAAUAAAUCAUACAUAUUCCAUAUAUAUCCCCAUAAUCAUGCAUAUUCUUUAUAUCGGUCAGUUACCUCUUGCACUCGUUAUUCCACUUUUUAUUCCUUUGUUGAUUUAACCACCAUUCAUGAACAGUGGUGGCUGGUUCUUUUAGCCGCUAUCAACCCAGAUUCUCCUAUUUACAUGUUUGGCUUUGCCAACUGUGCUACCAUGACUGGUGCUUUGUUUCAUCAGGUGGGGGGGGGAAUAUUUUUGACAGCUUCCCAUCCCAAAAUAGGAUCAGUCAAGAACCACCUCAAAGACAUGUUGUUGUUUGUAUAGGGUAAGCUGUCCACAAACUGAGCAUCAGGCUGUGUAUGGAAAGAUAUCAUCUUCUGAUGACCCAAAGUACUUUUUUUAUCAAAGUGUUUUUCUUGCUAACCUGAUCCUCCCUUAUUUAAAGACAUCUGAGAUCUGAAAAUAGAAUCUUCAGACGGCCAUACACGUGAAAUUAAGGUUUGCCAAGCUUGUCUUACGCCAAUGUUUCACAGACACGGUCCUUUUUCCUCCAGAGAUAAGACACUGCAAGAAGGGUCUGGCGGCUGCUUGUUUCCCUCUUCUCACUCAAAGCAGGCGCCUGAUUGGAGGAGCCCAGUGUGUAUAUUUAUGGGGGCACAGCGGCUGGCCACAGAAGUAUUCAGCUGGCAACUAUCUUAAAGGGUCACUGAGUUGUCAUAAAACUUUUGAUUUGUCAUAGAAACAUAUUAUGGAUGAACAAAUCAAUUUGUUAAUCUUAACAAAUUCUCUGUCUGAGAAGGAUACACAUCUCGCAAGGCCAUUUUAAUCUUGCCAUAUCAAGGCCACGUGAGAUAUGUGGCCAUGGUACUCUGCCAGCAGAGGGAGUGUCUACAUCUGUGGGAAUGCUCCCUCACAAGUGUUAAUUUGUUUAGAUGGAAGAAUUGAUUAGUACGAAUCAAUUCUCUCAUCCCUAUGACAUAUCAGAAAAUUUUGAUGGUGGGGGACUGAAUACUGAGAAUCUAACUGAUUGCUAUGAUAAGGAGAGAGAAGCUUUCACGUAUCACUCUCUCCUCGUUGCAGACAAGACAGGCAGAGAAAGAGAGCAUAAUAGGCGAAUGUUUCGCCUCGUUCUAGUGUUUCGUGGGAGUCUCAGCACUCAAAACCUCACCAGUCAAAACCUUUCUCUCUAUGGCAUAUCAAAAGUUUUAUGAAAACUCAGUGACCCUUUAAGUGUAUGGCCACUAAUUUCAUCAAGACAUCUUUCCAUGUAUGGUUGGCUUUACCACAUCUUCUCAUGGGCACUCUCCUACUUCUGUUACUGCCAGUCUCUUCUAUAUUUUGUGUAUUUCUUUGCCCUGUCCCUCAGCUUUUUUUUUCUAGACCUUCUUGAUGGCUUUGUCUUUUACAAAAUCACCCUUCCUUCUGCCUCAGAUCCCCCACUACAACCACUAUUCAAAGUGAUUUCUUAUCACCCUUCGAAGGAAUUACAAAUAUUGAUUUCUUUGCUUUUUAGAAUAACCUCCAUUCCUCAUCUUGCCAUAGUGUCAUCCAGUACCAAUAGUACGUUAUCUUCCAUGCCAUAAUGGUGAAAUGCUUCAUGUGGUUCUGCCAAUACUUCACUUGGAGAAAUUUUAUCCUGUGGGCAUUGUACAUUGGAUGCACAUAACCACAAAGAUCUGAGCAAGGUUUGUGCUCUUCAUAUCACCACAAAUGAUCUUUCCAGGCACACUGUGACUAUCUUAUGUUCAAAGAGAUAUACUAUAAACCACUGUUGUAGGCUGGACGAUCUCUUAUAAUUAUGGAUAGCAGUGAAUGUGUAUAAAGACGGGUAUAUGUGAUCAGCAAGUGACAAUGCUAAAUUGUUACCUAGACAUACAGUAUCUGGCCAUGGCUGCCCAGGAGUUUUCCAUAGUCACCAGAUAACUGGCAUCGGAAGCUGGCAUCCAUAUGUGUCUAUGGACAAUUGUUCGGCUGUUUCUCUGCACUAGUUUAUAUGCAUAAGAUCCACUGUAAUGUUAUUUCCCAUCGUGGCUACUCUUCAUUUCUAUGGGAAACUUUAAGGGAGUCAUGUCUUUCUGUCAAUCUACUUCACAGGCAAUCUGUUACAUAAAAUGUUCUGUGUAUACCACUUGCGAAAGUGCCUAUAAAUCCUCUUCUGAAUAAGGAUACCAAGCUGAAGAUAUCAUGUUAAAAAUGGGGAAGGGGGGAGAAAAAAUACAAAAAUAAAAUAAAAAAUAAAAAUCAUGCUUAAUAAUAAAGUAGAAUUAUUAAUAUUUGGUUACUUACACUAUCAUUGUCACACAAGCUUGUAAUAAAAAAAAUGUUUUUAAAGUUACAAAAAUUUGUCAAUCUGAAGCACAUGUAACUGUCUAUCAGAGAGGUUUUUGUUAUUGUACUGCAGUGUUUCAAUGAUAACUAAUGUAAGCACAGUGAUACGGGAUGACUAACGCUCUUUUUUAUAGCGGGUGAAAAAAAAGAGCGAAAUUCGCCUUAUACUUGUAUAUAAAUCAAUAGAAUAAAAUUCAUUUCUUGUCCUA